UGUAACGAUUCAUCGAUGCAUCGAUGCAUUGUGAUCUGUCCUGUCCUCGAUGCAUGCAUCGGAAAAAAUAAUUAAAUACCAAUACAUCGCGAUGCAAUACAUAUUUCACCUCCCGAUGCAUCGAUAUGGUGGACAAGUAUCGCAAUACUGGAAUACACUAACAGUGUCUUCCAGGAAAAUAAUGACAAACGUAAUUUUUGAAAGACAGAAGGAUGAAAAAUAACAAACGAGCACGACUGUUAUCAUAUCGUUGUCAUCUCGUUUCCGGUUUAGGGUAAACCAUGUCCGCAGUAAUAUAACCAAGUUUGAUUAAUUCAUAUAAAUGGGCUGAUGUUCUUUUAACUUUAUUUCUUCUUUUAAUAAUAUAUAAGAGAUCUACACGAGUACACGUGUCCAAGAAAAAACAUCUAAUAAAUAUGAAUUUGUAAAUUAAGUCGCACUUGAAAUCGGAUUAAAAUAGUGACGAUAACAAUAUGCCCAUCUGCUAUUCGUCACUUAUUUAUACUUAUAUUUCCGCUGACAUCAUUUUCCCGUAGAAAAUAAAAAUGUCGACUGCUAAAUAUUUAGAAGAAGGGGAAACCAUUGUAAAUCCGCCAUCCUCAUUUAAAGCACGUGUAUGGGAGCAUUGUGGCUUCCUUGGAAGAACUAAAGACGGUACUGUAUUAGAAGACCGAUCCUGGAGUGUGUGUAAAAUAUGCAAAAUGAAAAUAAAGUACUCGGGAAAUACAACCAACUUGAGCACGCAUCUUUCGAGAAAACACAGUGUCAUGAUAGAAAGAGACAAAAAAACUGACGAAACUAAACAUGUAAAGACACAGCCAACUCUUUUGUCUAUGGUAAGUUCUUCAACACGCCGAACUUCUACAGAACUGAAUGCUAAAGAGAAAGAUGAAAUAACAAGGGCUGUCUGUGAAUUUAUUGUGAAAGACCUUAGACCAUUUAAAGUUGUUGAGAAUACUGGUUUCAAACAUUUGCUUGCAGUUCUUGAACCAAGAUACAAAUUGCCUUCACGCCAAUUUUUUUCUGAUAGACUUAUUCCUGAAAUGUAUGAAAGUGUUAAAAAAAGGGUUGUGGCUGAACUAGGAAUUGCACAUGGAGUUGGUUUGACAAGUGAUGGUUGGACAUCUAGGAGCACAGAAUCCUAUGAAACUAUUACUUGCCAUUUUAUUAGCCAGGAUUGGAUAAUUGAGUCACGUAUUCUUCAGACAAGGACAUUGAGUGAAAGUCACACUGCUCAAAACUUGUGUGAAAAUUUAAAAGAUGCUAUUGAAGAAUGGGGGUUAGUCGAUAAUGUGCAAGGUAUAGUGACAGACAAUGCUGCCAACAUGACAUUAGCUGUGAGAAUGACUGGCAUACCAAAUAUUCGUUGCUUUGCCCAUUCUCUGAAUUUAGCGUCUCAGAAAGCUUUAACUGUACCAUCGAUUUCAAAACUUCUAGGGAAAGUUAGAAAAGUUGUAACUUUCUUUCAUAAGAGCUCUACUGCUACAGCUAUCCUUAAAGAAAAGCAAGUUCUUCUUACAUUGCCAUGUCAUAAGCUAAAGAUUGAUGUUCAGACUAGAUGGAACAGUUCAUAUGACAUGAUAGAGCGCUACUUAGAGCAUCAAAGCGCAGUACAGGCAACUUUCCUAUGUAAAGAAAUAAGAAAGAAAGUAGCUGAAUUCCCAGCUUUAUCUGACAGUGAUUUUGUCCUUGCUGAGGAUUUCAUAAAGAUCAUGGAACCUAUGAAACUCGCAACAGUAACCAUGUGUGAAGAGAGUGUUCCGACAGUGUCUGUUGUGCUUCCUUUACUUCACCAACUGAAGAGAAACUUUCAGCCAAAUGAUGAUGACAGCAAGGCUGUGGUAGAUCUCAAACAGGCCAUUUUUAAAAAUUUAUCUCUGAGGUAUACUCCAGAUGUCCAAGAUACAGACUUCCUUAUAAAAGCAGCUGCAUUAGAUCCUAGAUUCAAACUUUUACCAUUCUUGGAUGAGGCAGAUAGACAUAGAAUAUAUGGUAUCUUGGAGAAAGAAGCUUCAUUAGAAAAAAGAUGUGUGGAAAUAAAAGAGGAGCCAGAUGAACCCAGUAACUCUCCACAAUUGCCAAUUGCACCAGAGAGUUUAACAGACCAAACUUCUACAGAUCAAGCUUCCACAUCAUCCACCCAAACGAAAGCUGAGCCAGAUACUAAACCUUCUUCUCCAAAGAAAAAGAAGCAGUCUUUAGCUGAUUUAUUUGAUGAUGAACUUUAUGUUGUCAGUGAAACUGCACCAAGGUCAAGUUUGGAACGUGCUUCAGAUGAGGUGACAGUGUAUAGGAAAAAAGCUUCUAUAAGACUUAAUAACAGUCCCUUACAGUGGUGGAAAGAAAAUGAAGUUUCCUUACCAUUACUUGCUUCUCUGGCAAAAAAAUAUUUGGCAGUGCCAGGGAAUACUGUCCCAUCUGAAAGAGUUUUCUCAACUGCUGGGGAUAUUGUUAGUGGGCAGAGAGCUUGUUUAAAGUCAAAACAUGUGGAUCGCCUUCUUUUUUUGAAGAAAAAUCUUCAGUAGUGUGUUUAAAGAGUGAAACUGUUAAACUGUUAUGGUCACAGUUACUUCUUAACCUAAUUGUUUAAAACUUGUUAUUAUAUUGUGUUUUCUUUUCACAGGACAAAUCUUAAAUUCUUAAGUGGUGUAUCAUCUAUAUGACUGAAAUUUAUAUUUGAUAAGCUGAAUUAAAUAUUUACAAAAGAGACAAUAGAGAACUUAAAGUGUUGAAAUUAAAAAUAAUUUGAGUUCUAAAGUAAUCAUGUAGAAGGACCAAGUUAUAAACUUAAAAUAACAAGUUAAAGAGUUUAUUGUUUUGUUUCAUGCAAUAGUUUUUAUACUA